AUGCCAAUGGACAUUGUAAGGCUGCCUUAUCUUGCAUAUCUUGGACUUUACAAGUGCGAAAGAUUGACACACUUGCCACUUGGAAUCAAGAAUCUCUCUUUCUUGAAAGAAUUGUCUGUUUUCAUAGUGACUGAAUCAGCAAACUCCAGAGCUGCUAGGCUUGGUGAAUUGCAGCAUUUGAACAAUCGGAGCAGAAGUUUGUCUAUUAGAGGGCUGGAAUGGGUGAAGGAUGAGUCUGAAGGGGAGGCGGCUAGUUUGAAGGAGAAACGUCAUCUUUGA